GCAGUUAGGGGCCCUCUCCUGCUGAAUGGGUUGUUCUUUUCCAGACCCCAGGUGCUGUGGUGGCCACUGCUCUGCCUGAUGAAAACAUUUAAAUGAUGAAGGACAACUGACACUGGCAAGGGAAGGGGGAGAUGGGGUGGAGGAUAGAAGUGGAGUCAGGGAGUACUCAAGAUGGGGACAGGGAACUUUAGGGAUGAAUUCCCUGGGUCAGGAAGAGAAAGUGAUGAACAUCAGAAGCCUGGAAAGGGCUGGGAGGGCUGGAAAGCAGGAUGGGGUGGCGGUGAGCCCGGGACAAGAGGAAGGGGUGCAGAACUGUGUCUCCACCCCUGACAGUAACUGGCCGGUGAUUAAGGGCCACAGCGUGAAGCUCCACAGGGUUUCUCCGCUACUCCUGCAGUGCAGGAUUACACACAGCUCCCGCUGGAUAUCGCAGGUGUUGGCCUCAGAGCUCAGCCUGCUCGCCUUCAUCCUGCUGGUGGUCAUGGUCUUCUCCAAGAAAUGGCUGUGCCUUGAGAAGAUCCGUUUCUACCAGCACUGGCCCAUGAACGUCACCACCAAAAUCUACACGUCAGUUCAUAUAAUGUCCCAGGGGCUCCUGCAUUUCUACAAAUCCAAGAGCGGUUCCAACUCAGAAUGGGAAAGUUUUAAGCUGUGGACAAAUCACCCAGCUUUCGGGGUGGCCAAGAUUACCUUCUGCCUGGCCUUGGGGCUGGGCAUCAUCCUCACCAUCUGGUUGCACCUGCCGUACAUACCUGGUCUUCAGAAAUUGACCUUUUUUGGCUGGAUUGGGACUGUCAUGAGCUUCUGUGAAGCCUUCUUCGUUUUCUUCACCCUCAUACUGUUCCCUGUUAAUGUCUGGCUCUUCGAGUUGAGAAAGAAUUUAUCAAUCCCCCUCUGCUGGAGCUACUUCAUUGGUUGGCUGGUGUUUAUCCUGUAUGCCAUCUGUGCAGUCCUCUGCUACUUCAACCAUGGAGAGUUCUGGUGUCUGAUUCUGAGCCAUCCCGCCAGCAGCAGCAGCAGCAGCAGUUCCAGCUCCGAACAUGAAUCUGUGAGUGAGCCGGUUACCUCCAACACAACUGUCAGCCAGGAGGAAGUCCUGGACCCUGAGCAAAAGAAGACAUCCCUGACUCCAAGUCCUGUUUAUUCCUCUGAACCUGCCUCCUCAUCCUUCCCCUCUCCAAACCCUGAACUAGAGCCCUGAUGCCAGCAAGCUGGAGGAGUACAGGGACAAAUUGUGAGUGGAUUGGAUAUGUUAAAAAAAUAUGUGUUAUUAUUGAACCAUAUGACAUCGCUGUUUCAGCAGUUAAAAUUAACUUCUAAUUUCAUAUGAUUUCAACCUAAUAUAUAUGCCUGAUAUCUAUUUUAUUUGAGCUUUUUAAAAAAGGUUCCUAUCUUUACCCUACCUGACUAGCAGCUGUGGAAUUUCUAACCUAGCUUCAAGCAAAUAUUCUGAACAAAGAACCUAAUGCAGCGUCUUGACAAUUAGGCAGAACAGACAUUCCACAAACCCCUACUCAGUGUCCUCCUUAUGCUCCUCCCACGGGUAGCUAGAAAGGGUUUGCGGGAGGAUUUAUUGAAUCAGUCAUCCUGGGGAAGGGACACAAAACAUAGGUGUGUCAUGACCACUGCCUUAGAAAUAGAUAAAAUCUAAUUAGAGAAAGUGAUUCUGUAAUUCUGUAGGAGUCAUACACUCAAGUGCCUACAGAGGCUAGGCAGGUAACCUAAAUAAAUAAGGGGGCCACUAUUCCAGUCUAUAUAUAAUUUUCUUCUUUUGAUAAAGACCUGGUAUAUUAUUUAUUGAUGGGUAACAAAUUCCCCCAAAUUUAGCCACUUAAUAAAUAUUUAUUAUCAUGCAGGUUUCUGGGGUCAGGAACCUGGGAGCAACUUAGCUGAAUUAUUCUUGCUCAGAUUCUCUCAUGAAGUGACAGUCAGGAUGUCAGAUGAGUCAUCUGAAGUCUGCUGAUGUCAUCUGAAGGCUUGACUGGGGCUGGAGGAUCCACUUCUAAUAUGGUUCACUGGUAGGGCUGCUGGCAGGAAGCCUCAGUUUCUCCCCACAAGGGCUUCUUCAUUCGCUACUUCAGGGCUAGUUACCCCCACAGAGAGCCAUUGAAGACAGCAACAAGG